GUUUUAUUUGUCAUUUGUAUUAUUUUAUUUGCCCCUCGACCCUGACGGAUAAGCGGUAUAGAAAAUGGAUGGAUGGAUGGAUUAUUUUAUUUGUAAUUAUUUGUAUUUUAUUUAUAACAGAGCCACAUUCUUCACAGACUUGGCAGACUCUGAGUUUAGUUUCGGUUUCAGUUUCUUUCAAGCCAAAACAAGAUUUAGACAAAAGUUUCAGUCAUUUUUAAAUCUUCGUUUGAAAAAACAAAAUGAAGGGCUUUAUUUUGUUGCUGCUCCUAAGUCAGGAUGCACUUGCUGUGAAGCACUACCUGAAGUAUUUCCUCAGUGGAUCGUCUGGACUCCAAAACUUCCCAGAGUUUAUGGCUUUUUCGACAGUUGAUGACAUUCAGGGGGGUUACUGUGACAGCAAAGGAAGGAGACCAGAACCCAGACAUGACUGGACUAGAAAAUUAACAGAAGAUUAUCCUGAACACUUUGAAUACUACGCACAGGAGUGUAUACGCUACCAGCCCAUCUACAGAGCCCACAUUGUUAUGUUAAAGCAACAACUGAAUAAAACUGGAGGUGUUCACAUUUUCCAGAGGAUACACGGCUGUGAGUGGGAUGAGGAGACUGGAGAGGUUAAUGCUUUUAACCAGUUUGGUUAUAAUGGAGAAGAUUUCAUAGCUCUAGACUCAAAGACAAUGACGUGGGUUGCUGCAAAACCUCAAGCUGUCAUCACCAAACACAAGUGGAACAGAGACAUCAUUUACAUUGAAGCAAAAAGGUUGUACAACGCACAGAUUUGCCCUGAAAGGCUGAAGAAGUAUGUAGAAUAUUUGAAGAGCUUUCUACAGAAAGUAGUGCUUCCAUCGGUAUCUCUUCUCCAAAAGAGUCCCUCCUCUCCAGUCAGCUGCCAUGCUACAGGUUUCUACCCUGACAGAGCAAUGAUGUUCUGGACAAAAGAUGGAGAGGAGCAUCACGAGGGAGUGGACCACGGAGAGAUUCUCGCUAACCACGACGGGACCUUCCAGAUGACUGUUGAGCUGAAUAUAUCAGGGGUCACACUUGAAGACUGGCGGAGGUACGACUGUGUGUUUCACCUAUCUGGUGUGGAGGACAACAUUGUCACCAGACUGGACAAAGUGGUGAUCAGAACCAACUGGGAUCCUAAAAAGCAUUUUUGUUUCGGUUCCAGUCGCUCCCUCUGGGUUUGCUGCUGGUCUUGUCAUUGGUCCUGUUGUAGGACUGCUCCUCCUGGCACUCUUCACCGCAGGAAUCUUCAUCUGGAAAAGAAACAACAAUGGGUUCACAUCUGCAAACUCUUCAGAUCCUUCAUUCUCUGAAACUUCAGUCAAAGAUACAGCUCUUAACUGACCACAGGGCAGGUACUAUGAUCCCUUCUCUGCUCCGCCUGUUAAAUAAACGGAUUUAAAAACCA